CUUCGUCAGAAUGGAGGCUGCAAUGCUUCCCCGGAUAACCUACUCAUCUGGAGGUGACUCGCUCACUCCAACUCUGCAUGGCCAGCGAACAGCACCAUGCCUCACGCACUGGAAUGGCAUUGGCGAUGCUUUCGCAGGAAGGCAGUCAAUCUCAUCGAAAAGUCCAAUUACAAGAAACAGAAGAAGAUACAAUCGGAUCAUCCGAUGUUCAAACUGCCUAAUGAACUCUGGCUCAUGAUCUUUUCCUCAGUGCCGUUGGAAUCGCAGGCUUGUCUUGCCUUGACCUGCAAGACAUUACUAGGGAGGCUCUCCUGGGUCAUUAAGGAUGAGGAGCUUUGCUUCCCUCGCGUUAAGUUCGAUAUCUGGGACAGAGCACGAUUUAGCGUGUCGACGAAUGCGCGGAAUCGUUUCCUCAUUCGCCUGCAGGAUCGGCACUGGGCGUAUUGUUCUCUGUGCAUGAAGCUGCAUCCCGCGCAAGAAUUCGGAAAUUUCCAGCUCGCCAGGUCGGCGGAUAGACGAACGUGCAUGAGCUUAAGAAAGGGCGGAAUCGUGGAUCUGUGUCCUUGCAUUAAGUUGACCUUUCGUGACAAGCUCCGGCUCUUGAACCAUCUCAAGUCACGCAACAGGACCGGCCUAGGACUGUGGACACUUCCGGUCAAUGGCAAUACUGGAAUCGACAGCAUGCAUGGAAUGACAAGCGUCGUUCAUGAAUGCACCAUCACGGAUGAUCCCUGGGUAACCGUCAAGGUCAAGAUUAUUCCCGUGCUGCUAAAGGGCUACCUGGUCGCUAUAAGUAGCUAUACUAUCGAUUUGAAUACUAGGAAUGUACCUGCGGCAAUGGAACCCAUAUACUGCUGCCCUCACAAAGAUAUUCUCCGCUAUACCGAGCCCCACGACCGCCCUACGCCCGAGUCCUGUCAUAAGUCCUGCUAUGAGUCUGUUUGUGGACACUGCCAUACGCUCGUGGUCGCACACCAUAUGAGAUAUCGGCGACGGAUUGUGGUCCAAGCGGCUCGGUAUCUGGGUGCGGAAGUGCCUGAUGGGGAUUGGAAAUGCCAAAGCGUAUGGUCUUAUCUUCUGCUGAAUUGGUGGCUCUGGUAAGUGUAACUGCAGAUCGUUGUGUACUGAUGCACUAACACUGGUCAAAUAGGGAGCAUUCUUGAUAAAUAUCCAGCCGUCCGUGAAGUGUACGGAAGUUCUUAUGAGCCUGGUCAUAUACGUUCCAUUGAUUUGCCCCUGCCUCGCAACUGCCAUCCAUGACUUGAACUGUAUCGAAGCUAGCUGGGUUGUUUGGGUUGGAUCAUGGUAGCACGGAGUAUCUGUAGUUGUUGCAGUUGAUAGACUACACUUUGCUAAUAUCAGUGAACCAUCUUCAAUACAGGUAAAAGAAGAAUGAUGAAGCAGUCUUG